AGAAAUAAUUUAGGAAACACUGAGCUCAAAAUGAACAUAACCUACAAUCAGUUGACAUCUGAAUUGAACAAUUGAACAUACAUGUGUUUGUGCUUAAACCAAAACUAUAUAUUUAUGUGAAAAAAGUUUAUUUAACAAAAUAUAGAAAAUGCGACACGUUCGAUUUUUAGCAAGAACGGUUCUAGUUCAGGAUGGAAACAUAGAAGAAGCUUGUCGAAUUUUAAAUCGAAUUCUAGGAAAAGAAGGAAUAUUCGAUCAAUUCAGGCGAACGAGAUAUUACGAAAAGCCUUAUCAGACUCGCAGACGAGUAAAUUAUGAAAAGUGCAAGGCCAUUUAUAAUGAAGACAUGGAUAGGAAAAUUCAAUUCGUAUUGAGAAAAAAUCACACAGAUCCUUAUCCUGGCUACUUUUAGAGAUGUAUAAUAGUGAA